AUGGCUGGGCUAUUCCAGUCCUUUCGGAGCUCCAGCAUGCCUAAACGGCUGCUGCGAUAUGCUUUAUCGCGGCUGGAGCUCCUCGACUCUGACGCUUUAGAUAUGGACAAUCUAGAUCUUGCGAUAGGUAGAAAUACAGUCUUUGAAUUUCGGGAUGUUGGAGUUCAGCUAGAUAAACUGGAGAAGCUGCUGAAGCUACCCGAGACGUUUGCGAUACAGAAAGCCAAGGUUUUACUCCUCCGAGUGACCAUUCCGAUGGACUUUUACACGAGCCCCAUAUCUAUCGAAGUUGAUGGCGUGGAUGUCAAGUUGAAAGUGGUAACAACCGGUGCCAAGUCCAAAUCGGGCCGUUCAACUACGGCAGCCAACAACGACGACGAUUCCUCAGCAGUUCCGAAUACUGUUGACCUUGCGCAAUCAUUCCUCGAAACGCAGCCAUCAUCGGAGCGAAGAAAGCUCGAAGCAGCGCUAGCUGCAGAAACACAAGAUCUCGGCGCAUCCACUUCCAUGAGCGAUGACAGUAGCGAAGAUGAACCGAUCGUGGGCACUGGGCAGCCCUUGUCACUGCCGGGCUUCCUGGCUGGCUUUUUGCAGGGAAUCGUUGAUCGGAUGCAGAUAAGGAUUAAAGGCGUGGGGUUCCAGUUGGAUAUGGAUAUUCCGGUGGAUAUGAGUUCAUCGACUACAGAACCCGUGUCUUUCCAAAUAGCCCUGGAAGGCAUCGACAUCGAGGGUGUUACCACGAGGAGCGAGGAAUCUCGAGCGUCCGCCAUAGCAGCGCCCAAGGAAGGGAAACGACAGAUCUCUCUAGACAAUGUCCGCGCCUAUCUAAUAUCUGAGGCCAACGUCUUUUCUACCUUGACUCGGUCAUCUUCCAUGACUUCGCCGUCGGCAACAUCUUCACCUCUUAAUACGAGGAAUCCACCUUCGAGGCAAGCUACUUCCUUGUCUGUGGAAAGUCUGCAAACGCCUGCUUUUGCGCCUUCCUUCACACCGUCGAUGAUGUCCUCCCGGCGAGGGUUCCCUGGCCAGUCGUCACAAUCGCCUCGAGACAGCGUUCACAGCCAGCGCAUGUCGACAUCGCAAGCGAGCAGCAGUAAUCCAUCUAUCCAAUCGCUGCAUUCGAGCUUUAUAGAUCACAUGGCUGAGUUGGAUCGACCCAGCUAUCCCUUGGGGGAUAGCGAAGAGGCUCUUGGAAUUCCAUACGACCUUGACUAUCAGGAUGAGGGUGUGCCGGAUGACGAAUGCCCUUCGACUCCCCGCGCCUCGCUAUCCCGAGGAUUCAACUCCCCUGAUAACGCAGUAUUCCACUCACCCGAAGACCCUGAAUCGAAUUCCUCAUCGCCCGCAAGGCGAUUGUUUGAUAGUGGGCUGUCAAGAUCACAAGGCAUGGAGGAGCAGAUUUCAGCAUCAACCUAUUCCUUAUCGCGACAGCGAGAAGAUUUUGAGCCGUCUGGCACUCACUCUUCCACGGAGCUUGGGCCUGAGGGCCAUUAUGAGCCAGGAAAUUUGGCUGAAGAUCUUUCGCAAUCACAUCUAUAUACCCAUGAGGAAGCCGAGAGCAUGUAUAUGAGCGCUUUUUCAAAAGCAGAGAGUCAAGCCGACAUAUCAGGACUUGAAAUUUCUCAACACACACUCCCCCCACCCGUUGAUCUAGUAGUCGAACAAUCUGUUGAACAAACGGCCCUACAACCAGAAGAACAAACAGCAGAGCUCGCUCGGACCCCUCCAGCCUCUCCAAGGCGAGGUAACCAAUCUCCGCCUACAUAUGCGUCUCCCAAAUCCGCCAUGCCUGGUGGCUGGGAUGACAAUGCCUCUCAAGGCUCAUCCGGAUCUGACAGAACAAUGUCCCAUAAUGCCGUGACGAAGGAGCAUUCCCCUCCCAGGGCGGAUAUACCAGAGCCUCAACCUCAACCAGUUUUUGAAACUGAAGCCGAGCCCAAAGCCGAGUUCGAAGUUGAACAGAAGCCAAACUCUCCAGCAAUUAAACCAACUCCAACAGCUGAGGAAAGGAACAGCCCGAUGGAAACGGAUGAGGAGUCACAACACGAGGAUGCCGCCACUCCAAAAGGGCCAACACGAGUUGUCAAGGAAAUUUUACAUCUUCAGACAAUUUCCGUAUAUAUACCUACGACGCAUCAACAUAUAGAAAUGGAAGAAGACACUUCUGAAUCGGUUGCGGAACUUGCCCGGGCGAUGAGCAAUUCAGUCUAUCCUCAGGCUCCUGGAGCCUUCUCCGUGCAUGCACCAGCAUCUGGUUCUGUGUUCGAUCACAGGCCUCACAUACGACGAACUCAGAGCAUUGAUAAUGUUCUAGAGGUCGAUUUGUCCCCAGUUUCGAUCCGUUUUGAUGCGUCUCUGGCAUUUGUGCUUGCCAUGAUUGUUGGAAAGCUUCUCGAGGCAGUGAAGAAUGACAAUCCUGUCAAAGCCCCAAGCAAGGGCGCUGAUAAUGCGCAGCAAUCAGAUAAGGUGCCGGAAAUUAAAGUGUCAGUCAAGGAGAUAUCAUUGGAUUUCCUAAGUCGACUUGGCGGGGUGACAGACACUCCUCAUCGCCACCUGGACCCCUCAGCAUUCAUGUUUGACCAUGAAGUUCUUCUCAACGCAACAUUGGGGAAUUUGGCCAUUUCCGUGUCACCUGUCAAGGUGACUGCCCACCCCGCCGGAAGAGGUAAGCCAGAGAAGCAGGAUGCUAUCCAGACAACGAUUGAUCUGGAAACUUUCCGCUUCGGAUACACCAAUGACGAUAUUAUCUAUUUUGACAAGGCUAGACCCAUGAGUACGUCUGUAAGGGACACUUUUCUUUCAAACGGGCAUGAUGUUGGCAUCAAGAUGACACAGUCCAAGGACAGCGUCAAGACGGAGAUUGAGACGCUGCCAUUGGCUAUCCGUAUGGAUUUGCAAAGACUUGAUGAGACCUUUAGCUGGUUUGGAGGUUUGAGUAGCUUUCUCAAUAUGAGUGCCUCGAUGACGUCUAGCCCAUCACCUACACCCAAACCGCCGCCGAAGCCAGCCUCAACGCAGCGGGCGAGGGGUGUACGAUUUGAUACACCUAUCAACCCGGACGACAAAUCGGCUACUUCUGAAAAUAAAGUCAACAUGCGGAUAGGUGGUUCCUACAUUGAGCUCCUGGGGAAAGAAUGUAGCUUUGUCGCUGAGAGCAAUGCUAUCAAGCUUAUCAGCAGAGAAGAAGGUGUCGGAGUUGGGUGUAGUAUGAUGCGUGUGUCUGGGCCGUAUCUAAAGAAUUCCUUGGCGGACCCUGCCAUCAAUACGGAGAUACUCGGCAUGCGGUUGGAGUUUGUGACGACUCCAAAUGAUUCGGACCUUGAGAAACUGCUUGGGUUGAUCACGCCCUCCAAGGCCAAAUUCGACCACGGAAGCGAUGAGAUCAUGGUUGAUACUCUUAUACGGCAACGAAGGAAAGGCUCGGUACUCAGAGUCGGAGUGGAAACGCUGAAUGUGCGGGUGAAAAACUUGGCUCAGCUCGAGGUUCUUCCAACCCUCGGCGAAGAACUGGCCAAGCUGUCCACCGUGGCGAAAUAUCUCCCCGAAGAUGAUAGGCCUGGGCUCAUGACUCUCGCCAAAGUUAAUAAAUUUGGCGCGAGCGUUGACAUUGGCGGAACCCUUGGACAGCUUAGCAGCGACAUUAAGGAGCUUGAGGCUGCGCAUAUUACUGUUCCGUCUUUGGUAGCUAUUGCAGUCUCGGGGAUAUCUAUCAAGCGCAACAAGACCGAAGAGCUCGUCAGUUCCUCAAUUCUAUAUCCUUCGGCUGAGAUUGCGAACCGCGGCCCGGUUAUCAUGGCAAGAAUGAUCGGAGACGACAUUGAGCCUGUUGUGAAGCUGAACCUACAAGACAUCAGCAUCGAAUACCGCGUUCCAACGAUUAUGGACGUUCUUGGUCUGGCCAAUGACGCUACUCCUCAGGACUUUGAAGACAGCCUUGCUGCCUCAGUCGCCAGUCUUGGCGAUCACGCCCACGCAGCAUUGGCACGGCAGCAGCCCCCAUCGCCGACGAAGUCCACUACGAAGCAGAGUAAGCCAAUGACUUUGGAUGUGUCGUUUCGGGACUGCCUUAUCGGCCUGAAUCCUCUCAACCAAAAAUCAAAGAUGGUCGUUGUAUUUACAGACGCCCGCCUUGCCGUAGUCCUUCCCAAGGACGAGGUUACUAACGUGAGUCUCGACGUUAACAAGGCGUCUAUUCUACUCACGGAUGAUGCUUCAUUGAGCACAUCGGAUCACCGCGUCUCCUCAAGCGCAAGACGCCGAGCGUCCUCUUCAGCGUCCCCUCAAGUAGUCUCAAUGUGUGCUCAGGGAUUCGUCGACAUUUGCUACAUGUCGUCAGCAAAGGUCACCGUCAGUGUCGCCCCAAAUGCAGAUGGUGAGAAGCAGGUGGAGGUUGACGUUCGAGACGACCUUUUGGUGUUAGAGACUUGUGCAGACUCAACUCAAACUCUAAUAAGCCUGGCAAAUGCCCUUUCACCACCAACCCCACCAAGCAAAGAGAACAAGUACAGGACCAAGGUGAUGCCUGUGCAAGACCUGCUUGCGUCGAUUUCAGCCGAGGCAUUUGGAAAGCCGGAAGGGGAAUACGACUUUGACCAAGACUUUGCGGGUGCACAGGAGAUGGCCAAGAGUCAGUCCGAUGCGGGCUUUGGGGGCGACUCCCUUCGCGUUGAGUCACAGUUUUACGGAGAUGAGCUUGGGGGAGAAGAGCUCUUUGAUGCCAUGAAGCUUUCCGCUACAUCACAGGACGCGAGGAUGCAAGGUACCAACUCGGCAGUUUUCAAUACUGGGCUCAUGACUUCUACCAGCUACAUCUCCGAAGACAGUGAUGAUUUGUUUAUUCAGGAUGACUUUUACACGGAAAACGCCGCCGAAGAGCACGCCGCCAAAAUUUGGAACUCAAACAAGAACACGUACGACAAGGCCCCCGCAAACUUGGUGAAACGCAGCCCCCUUAAGGUGUCUGUAAGGGACGUCCACCUCAUCUGGAACCUAUUUGACGGCUAUGACUGGACUCAUACGCGCGACAUCAUCAGCAAGGCCGUCCAUGAUGUGGAAGCAAAGGUCUACGAACGACAAGCACGACUCAGCGGGCAGCAGAUUUUUGAGGAAGAAAUCGAGGACGAAGAGACGAUUGGCGACUUCUUGUUCAAUUCCAUCUACAUUGGAAUUCCAGCCAACCGAGAUCCGCAGGAGUUGGCUCGUGCGAUUAAUGAAGGCCUUGCUGAUAAUGCAACGGAGACGGAGUCAGUCGCUACAACAGCAGUGACGGCCACGACGAACCGGACCAUGCGUCGAGGAUACCCCAAGUCACGGCGCUUGAAGCUACAACGAAGCAAACACCACAAGAUCACCUUUGAACUUCAAGGUGUCAAUGUCGACAUGGUUGCAUUCCCCGCUGGAGCUGGAGAGACGCAGAGCAGCAUCGAUGUUCGGGUUCAGAAUCUUGACAUCUUUGAUCAUGUUCCCACGUCGACAUGGAAGAAAUUUGUGACGUACGACCAAGAUCAGGGCGAGCGUGAGAUGGGCACCAGCAUGGUGCAUCUCGAGCUCCUCACAGUGAAGCCGCUACCAGAGCUAGGAGCAUCAGAGAUUGUUCUUCGGGCAACCGUGCUACCCCUGAGACUCCAUGUCGACCAGGACGCUCUCGACUUCAUCACUCGCUUCUUUGAAUUCAAAGACGAUAGCGUUCCGGUGCACUCAUCACCCAGCGAUGUGCCCUUCCUACAAAGGGCUGAGGUGAUGGAUAUCCCAGUCAAGCUAGACUUUAAGCCGAAACGAGUAGACUAUGCCGGCCUUCGGUCCGGGCACACGACCGAGUUUAUGAACUUUAUCACGCUGGAAGAGUCUAGGAUGGUCCUCCGGCAUGUAAUCAUUUACGGAGUCACCGGCUUUGAUCGAUUUGGCAAGACGCUCAAUGACAUUUGGUCGCCCGAUGUCAGAAAGACGCAGCUUCCAGGUGUCGUGGCAGGCCUAGCACCCGUGAGAUCUCUGGUCAACAUUGGCAGCGGGUUCAAAGAUUUGGUUGAGAUUCCCCUCAAAGAAUACCAAAAGGACGGUCGCAUUAUUCGAAGCAUAUCUAAGGGAGCCGCGGCGUUUGCUCGCACUACCGGCACGGAACUGGUCAAGUUUGGAGCGAAACUGGCCGUCGGCACGCAGUACGCUCUACAAGGGGCAGAGGAGAUGCUCAGCGGCGGGGCUCGGCCUGAGGAGAGCUGGGAAGACGAUGACUUGGAUGCAGACGACAAGAAGCAAAUCUCGCUGUAUGCAGACCACCCCACGGGUGUGAUUCAAGGCAUCCGGGGUGGUUAUAGAUCACUUGCCAGAGAUGUGAACCUGGCACGAGAUGCCAUUAUCGCAGUGCCAGGUGAGGUGAUGGAGAGUCAGUCAGCUAGCGGUGCGGCCAGGGCGGUUCUGCGACGAGCGCCAACCAUCAUCUUCCGACCUGCAGUGGGUGUGACCAAGGUCAUCGGCCAGACGUUGAUGGGAGCCACGAACUCGAUUGAUCCCCACAAUCAACGCAGAAUUAACGAGAAAUAUAAGAGGCAUUAA